GGGCCUCUUGGUUUGGAUGGCAAACCAGGACCUCCAGGACCAAAAGGGGAAAAGGGUGAAGCAGGGAACGUCGGCCCGAGGGGCGACCAAGGUCGAGAUGGAGCCACUGGCCCCCCUGGUCCUCCAGGACCCCCAGGUGCCCGAGGGCCUCCUGGUGACACGGGAAAAGAUGGCCCAAGAGGACCUCCAGGCCCCCCCGGUUUCAAAGGCGAGCCGGGAGAGGACGGCCUCGUGGGUGCCAAGGGACCUCCAGGACCAAAGGGUGAGCCUGGUAUCCAAGGGAAAAAGGGUGACGAUGGGAUCCCUGGGGAACCAGGACUUAUGGGCCCCAAGGGAGAAAAAGGAAGCAUGGGUCCUGAGGGAGAGAACGGCACAGAUGGCUUGCCAGGACCCAAGGGUGAGCCUGGUGAGAAGGGAGGAAUUGGCUCCAUCGGACCCCGGGGUCCCCCCGGCCUGAAAGGGGAACAGGGUGACACCGUAGUGAUCGACUACGAUGGCCGAAUCCUGGAUGCGCUCAAGGGUUCGCCGGGUCCCCCAGGGCCACCAGGCCCCCAAGGCGCUCCAGGUCCCAAGGGAGAGCUGGGCUUGCCGGGUCCACCUGGACUGGAUGGUGAAAAGGGUCCCAAAGGAGCAAAGGGUGACCAGGGCAGCGCGGGGAUCACGGGACAGAAAGGAGAGACAGGAGAAAUGGGCUUAGCGGGUCCACCGGGUGCAGAAGGGCCAAAAGGAGACAAAGGAGAAAAAGGAGACACAGGGUCACCAUGUUUGCAGAAUAAUCAUGUAAGGUCUUGGCUUCCAUUCCCGAACUGUGUUCCCUGUGUGCCUACCCUCGUUAAUGUGCCAUUUAAUUCCCUUCUGCAGAUCAUACCUGAGCCUGGACCCCCGGGAUUACCCGGCCCUAUGGGUCCUCCAGGAAUCCAGGGGCCUAAAGGCUUGGACGGUGCGAAGGGAGAGAAAGGUGACAGCGGCGAGAAGGGGGACCACGGCGACACUGGACCCGCUGGUCUCCCGGGUGCUCCAGGGCUCAUCGGUUUACCCGGUACCAAAGGAGAGAAGGGAAAGCCAGGGGAGCCAGGAUUGGAUGGUUUCCCUGGUCUCAGAGGAGAAAAAGGAGAGAGAAGUGAAAGAGGCGAGAAGGGUGAGCGAGGAAUACCAGGGAGAAAAGGUGCCAAAGGGCAGAAGGGGGAACCAGGCCCUCCCGGACUGGAUCAGCCUUGUCCUGUG